AACAGAAAAUAUUAUAAAUCUAAAUAUGGCGCGUGGUCAGGAAUAUGUUUGCGCGUAAAUAAAAAAAAAAAAAACCCUAUUAAAACAGGGACAACUGUAUCGUCCGUGCAAACAACAGAAUGCGCUACCUGUGCGAAAUAUGAAAUAUUAACAACGCGUCCGUACAGCUACACAACUCACCCCGUGACAGCGUGACAGCGCGGCGGGGGAGCGUUUGCUGAGAUUGCUUCAACAGUAAAGACUGUACACUAGGGGCGGCGUUUGACCUCGCAGCUCUUCAAACAUCACUAAUCCCGGACUGACACUCAGGUGGAGAGUCGACGGCUCACUGCCGUGGCUCAUUAACAAAUACAAGCAAGCUAAAAAAAAGCGAAAAUAAAAAUAACAAAAAAACUGCGAGGAACAUGUCAUUGCGUAAACUGGAAAUUGUGACGGGAACGGGAAACCAAGAACGAUUGGAUUGUCUUACUUUUGAAUAACACUUCAUUUCAACAGAUCCCAAGAUGUUCCAGUAGAGUUUCCUUCGAUAUGUAGUCACUUCUUCCGAACUCCCGUAUUCGUUGGUUUAAAAAAAAAGAAAUACAAAAGAAAAUUAUCCAACAAGAUCCUAUCCACAUGACUCAAGAGUUGGAUGUAACCGAAACACAUCUGGGCUGCCAAUUAUUCGCGGUUUGAUUCGAUUUGCUCUGUGCUGGUGUGCGAUGCUUCUCCGCGAGUGAGCCAGGCCUGCGGCUCAUUGGACCCGGAGCGAUGAAGCCCAGCCAGACCCCAGCGAGCCUGCAGCCUCGUCCCAGCCUGCCAGGGUGCAGGAGCACCCCCCCAAACACCGGGUGGGGAGAGUAAUCGCCAGCAUGCAGGAUACAGGAACACCGAGCACCGCACUUUCUCCCCCCUGGAUUGCCUCGGAGCCCGCCUUCUGUGUUGCGUUCGGGCGCAAAAGACGCCAGCGGUGAUUUUAUUUAUUUGUUUGUUUAUUUAUUUUUUGGUGCGAUCGAGUCUUCUGACGUACUUCCAAACGGAUUGGCGGAAUUCUGUUGUUGUUGUUGUUGUUUUUUUUUUUUUUUUGGACCUCGACAAGGGUGUAGACAGCUGUGAGCGUUAGAGACGCUCCCGAUGUUUCUGACGACGCUUCGUUUGGGCCUCUGUGACGGAUUCGUCGCCCCACUUCUCUGAGUGACCCCCCCACCGUCCCACCCCCACCCUCCCGUGUGGCACCGCCCCCUACCCAAUGGCAUGGGUCAAACUCUUCAAGAGGCCGGGGGGCGGGCUGGGGAAGACCUACCAGCCGGGGAGCAUGAUGUCACUGGCUCUCACCAAGGGCUUGCUGAACGAGCCCGGCCAAAACAGCUGCUUCCUCAACAGCGCCGUGCAGGUGCUCUGGCAGCUGGACAUCUUCCGCCGGAGCCUGAGGCAGCUUCCUGGUCACUUCUGCCUGGGGGACGCCUGCAUCUUCUGCGCGCUGAAGAGCAUCUUCACGCAGUUCCAGCACAGCCGGGAGAGGGCGCUGCCGUCCGACAACCUGCGCCACGCCCUGGCCGAGACCUUCAAGGACGAGCAGCGCUUCCAGCUGGGCCUCAUGGACGACGCGGCCGAGUGCUUCGAGAACAUCCUGGAGCGCAUUCACUGCCUGCACGCGUGGUGUCGCUGUACGAGAAGCGGAAUGUGUGUGUGCCGCAGCUGUGGAGCUUCCUCUGACCCCCUGCCUUUCACACAGUUAGUGCAUUAUGUCUCCACCACCGCCCUCUGCCAACAGGCCGACCGUGUGCUGGAGAAGAGCGAGAGGCACAGGUCCGAAACGUUCGCGGAGCUGCUGCAGGCGGCGAGCACCAUCGGGGAUCUCCGAAACUGCCCGAGUAACUGCGGGGAGAGCAUCAAGAUUCGGCGGGUGCUGAUGAACUGCCCCGAGAUCCUGACCAUCGGCUUCGUGUGGGACGCCGAGCAGUCGGACCUGACCGAGGACGUGGUCCGCUCGCUGGCCCCUCACCUCAACCUGUCUGGGCUCUUCUACAGGGUCAUGGACGAGAAGGCCAAGCGCAGCGAGCUGAUCCUGGUGGGCAUGAUCUGCUUCUCCAGCCGCCAUUACUGCACGUUUGCCUACCACACCAAGUCCGCCAAGUGGGUCCUGUUCGACGACGCCACCGUCAAAGAGAUCGGGUCCAAGUGGAAGGAUGUGGCCUCCAAAUGCAUCCGGGGUCACUUUCAGCCCCUCCUCCUGUUCUACUCGAACCCUGACGGGAGUGCCGUCUCCACCGAGGACGCCCCCAGGCAGACCUCCCUGUGGCCCCACUACAAGUCCCCGAUCAACGGGGAGACCGCAGGCCCCGAAGUUCCGUCGUCCGGAUCAAAGAAGCCGGACGCGUCCAGGGAGAACGCGGGCGGCUCCGGCCCCGGCGGCUUCAAACCCAAACACCAAGCCCCCUCCAGCCAGGGCUUCGGCCGGUCGAGCGGCCCGACCAGCGCGGGACGGGGCCCAGUGAAAGCUAGCCCCAGUGACCCUAAAGGCAAGCUCAGGGAGGGCUCCAAAGAGUGCGCCCCGAGGGUGGGGGAGGCCCGUACCCCCCACCUCCCCAGGAAGGAGGCGGAGAGGGGGCAGCGGAGACAAGACUCCCGACACUCCCGAGACACCGUCGCGGAGAAGACGCACGCCCGGUCCGCCUCGCCCCCCGAGCUCCGGCAGCACGCGGACGCGAGGGGGUACGGCAGCCCGGGGAAGGGGCAGAACUGGGCCGACAGGACGUCCCACCAGAGCCGCCCGUCCCACGAGUCCCGCCUCCCGACCAGCCCGCCGACGAGCCGCACGCGGAGGCAGGAGGCCCCGACGGGGGCGGGGGCGGGCGCGGGGGGGGACCCGGGGGGGCAGGACGCGCGGGAGAGGAGCCGCGGGAGGAGCAGGUCCUGGAAGCCCGUGCGGGAGGUGCUGAAUGUGGACAGCGUGCUGAGCGAGCUGGAGCGCCGCCUGCGGUCCUCCGCCCAGGAGAGGGCGCCGCAGCGCGAGCGGGAGCGAGCCCGGGCCCGGGACGAGCGCAAGCAGAAGAGCCUCAUGACCAUCUACGAGGACGAGCAGCGGCUGGAGAGCGGGAGCCGCAGCUCCCUGGAGUCCGACACCCGGGACGGGCGGGGCAAGGCCGGGGGCGGGGCCGGGCUCAAACUGCGCAGCGACAACUGGACCAUCCAGCGCACGGAGUCCGGGUACGAGAGCAGUGACAGGCUCAGCAACGGGUCUACGAAUCCGGACUCGCCCGUGGUGGAGAACUUCGCCGCUAAGGAGCUGAGGCCCUCACCAGAGGCCCAGCAGCCGAGAAGCCCCCUCCGCCACGGCGGCCGGUGCGAGGACUCCAGGGGGGACCCCCCGCGCCCCGCGUACUCCUACGCAGAUUACCAAGUUAAAAUUAAAGGCAAGGACGGCAGCACUCAAGAUGCCCAUUUCCUCAAAUCCAGCCCAAGUAUAAGGAGGCGGUUCAGGCACCCCCACGGGGGGUCCGACAGGAGGAACGGAGCGGACAGGGAGCCCCCGCCGCUGGUGAGUGACAGGGGCUGCCGAACUGGAAGCCCCACCCUGCGGCACCAGGGUAGCCCCGCCCUGCAGCACCAGGGAAAGACCAGCAGCUCGGAGUGGAACAGCUCGGACGACCUGGCGGGCCCCUUCUCCGAGCAGGAGGACAGCGCGUACCGCUCCAGCAACAGCGAAACCGCCCCGCUGGAGUCCCCCGCUCCCCCCGAGUCCCCCGCCCCGCACCGUCACCCCCAGAACGAGCCCCCACCCCCGCCGCCGCCGCCGCCGCUGCUCUGUCCCAGCCUGACCUCGCCCCUGCCUCCCGCCAAACAUGCGCACAGGCACGCGGCAGAGAGCCGCUCGAGCUUCCGCCCGCGGCUCCUCCAGGAGCCGUCCCAAACCAGCCCCCGCCCGUCCCCCAAAUCCGCGCCGUCCCACGCCGCCCGCCCCUACGCCCUCCCGCACAGACGGUCGGACUGCUCGGCGGGACACCCCCUGUCGCCCGACCCCGGCGGCAGGGCCGGCCCCGCCCCCCCCGGGAGGAGCGACUCGUCGGCCAGCGAAUCCAGCGACCGGUUCCCCAGCCCCAGGCCCAGCCCCGAGCCGCCGGGCCCCGGGGACGGGGUGGCGCUCACCACCUACUUCACCGUUGACAACUGCAUGACCGACACCUACCGCCUCAAGUACCACCACCAGCGGGUGGCGCUGGAGCCCCGGGGCGGGGACCGGGGCGAUCCCGGCGACGCCAGCCACGCCGCCCCCGCGGAGCCAGAGCACCUGAAACCCAGACCCGAAUCAGGCUAUUCAACCAGUAAACCCACUGCAAAAUGGAAUCCAGUGACCCCAAAAGGUCUGGAUGAACAUGGAUUUUUGUGAUGCGCUGUGCAGUCCGGUGUAAUGCGUAAGAUUAAGCAUUUCGUUGGAUAACAGAAGUGGAUUUUCCUUUGAAAAGGAUCCAUCCUUCAGCUCAUUAAAAUGAGGGCAACUUGCAGAUUUAUUAACUACCUAGAGACUGAAGCAACUUCCAACUUCCAUUUCGGGUUCAGCCACCAGGGGGCAGGCUUCAUUUAUGGUUUUUGCACAGGAGUGAGCCAAAUAUAAAACAAAAGCCAUUAUUUUAUUAUUUUUGUCUGGGAAAAAAUGUAAAGAAAUGACUAUGGGUCCUGGAGCUAACCUGUAAAAUAAGUGUAAAAAUGACCCUUUAAACUGCACUUUCUCUUUGAUUUUUUUAAAGCUAAUAAUUUAUAAAAUAUGAAGGUUUACUCACGCACAUUGUAGCAUUAACACACUCAUGGACAAACUUUUUUCCCGAUAAUAAAAGUUACAUUUUUGCAUACCAUAAAAAGUCAGGGAUUUUCUCCCACUCAAAGAUGAGUAAUGCAAUUUCUUUCAUACCCAGUAUUUAAUAGAUGUAGCAUGUAUUGAAUUCCUGAUAUGUUAUUGUAGACAAGUGGUUAUUUUUUUCUUUCAUUUUUGACUAUAAGCAAGACCUGUGUCAUGGGAAGAAUAUGUGUCUUUGAAGCAGCUAAAAAAAUGAUUUUUUCCUCAUCCACGUCACACUUUACUGUGUGUUAUACUGCAGAUGGGGGACAUGACAACGUUUGCCAUGCAGCAAAGACUACAUAAAGCCAGAAUACGUUUUUAAACAAGCAUGUUUUCUGACACUUGCUAACUUUCAGAAAGGAAUAGCUUCUCAGCCAGACAAUCAGGCUUGAAGACGACUGUCUUUUGAGCCGUUUGCCAUUCCUUUUGCUGCAGGACUGAGUUUUACCCAUCUGCACAGUGCAAAACAUUCAUCUUUUUCCAGUCCAGUCCAGUUCUUUCUUGCUUCUUUGCCUUUAAUGCAUGCUAAAGUUUCACUGUCUUUUGGUCUAUUUUCAGUUUAUGCAGCCGAGACCCACCUAACAGUUAAGUCAGCAGCACUUUGUUACCAAUCAGAAUCACCAACUGAGCAGGUAUUAUUGAUAACAUGUUAUGUUAUGCACACACUCAAGUGUAUUUGUUAUUUUGUAUGCACGCCCAACAGAAAUGGCUAAAAUGGUGCUGGAAUAGACUGGGGUGAUGAAGUUAUAUUACAAAAAAUACAUGUUGGCCAACAACUCCUUGGGGUUAAAAAAAACAGUUUUCUAAACCUCAAAUGCUGGGACAAUUUGGACAUCAAGUUCUACAUCAAAGUGGGGAUCAGGUGAAAGCACCUGGCAGGUGUGUACCACAAUGAAAGGAUGGUCAAAAGCAUGCAUGGAGCAACUCCUGCUAAAGACAAAACAAUGCAUAAAUUGCGGGUAGUCAAUUGGGAAAUCCAAAGUCUAAUAAAUUUUGUCUUCCAAUUUAACGAUAUGAAAUCAAUUCAAUCAAAAUCACGUGACAUCAAUUACGUGUUAAAUUCCAGAAAAGGAACCCCUAUCCAGUGAGAGAUUAAGUUUGCAUUGGCCAUUUCACAAACUCACGUCACUUUAAAUUAUUUUCUACCAUGGAGAAGAAAAAAAGGGGAGUUUGACUUGUUUUUUCCAUCACUGUUUUCAGUUGCAUGGGUACUGUUGUAUUUGUACGCUCAGCAGGUACUGCUGUGGUGCCUUUCGUGUAAAAUACAUGUCAUGAUUUGUCUGCUGGGAAAAAUAUUUAAAAAAAUACAUAUGUAUAUAUUUUGGAGAUACUUUUAUAAAUUUAUUUUGUUUAAUAAACUUCAUUAUUCAAACACCAA